AUGAAACCAACUUCUAAAAGUUUUAAUAGAAACCAAAUAAUAAAACCACCGGUGACAUCAAAUCCAAAAUACAUUUUGCCUACAGAAGCAUAUUUAGAGGCUCAUAAUUUCAAAAGAGCAGAAGUACUUUUACCCUUUAAGAUGUAUGCUAAGAAGCGAACUAAGGAUCGAUUUACGCAAAAACUAAGUAUCAAAAUUCAUGAAAGAUAUAAAAUUAUUAGCACUGACCUAAGAAGACGUUUAUGUAUAAAAGAUUCAAUAAAUAAUAUUUUAUGUGCAACUGAUGUCGACACCGCUUUUUAUAAGGUUGUAGACGGAAGACCAUUACCACCGAAUAUGCUCAUAUUUAAAUCUCUUAAAGAAUCGAUUAAUAAAGUGGUGCAAGUUAAACAUGAGAUUGGAAUAAAAAAGGAUUGUGUUCUGAAUAUAUGUACAAAUCAUCAAAAUGAGAUGGAUAUUUAUGAUAUGUCUAGAAAAAGAUUGUCGGAACAAGUUAAAUAUUUCGAUAUCUUUAUAUCUCAAGAUUAUGAAAAAUCAAUGGCUUCUUUAAUAAAAUGGGAUAAAUUAAAAUGUAAAGUUGACUCAAAAAUAACAGAGUUACAAAAUUUAGCACUAGAACAGUUUACUUUAAAAUCUCGACUCAUUGGGUUAGAAUAUCAAUAUAGCCUUCAACAAAAAUAUGGCAGAUUUUUGUAUUAUUUGUCACCCCCUAAUUGGCGUUUGAGUAACAGAGAUUUCGCAAGGUCGGUAGAGAUUGAAGCAAAAGGUUUCGAUUUUAUUGAUACUAAUGAAGAAGACACUUUUACAGUUAUAUUUGAACGAUUGCGCAACAUUUGCUACGGAGUUCAAAUUAAACCAGCGCUAUAUUUCAGCCAUCCGAAGGAUCUAAUCAACUUUUUUGAUUUUAUGGAAAAGCAGCAGCUUCAUUAUUAUACCCAUGUUAACCAUUUGACGCCUUAUUCAAAAAUUUUAAAAAGUGGGAUUAAAUAUCUAAAAGAAAGUGUUUUGCAAGAAUCUAAAGUGGUUACUACUUCGAUAAAGCGGUUCCAAGAUCUUUUAACAUUUUCAGAAGAAAGGUGUCUUCAUUUGAAAAGUAAAUUUCAUAAAAUACUGUAUGGUAUGUUUUAUGAGAGUGUAGGAGCAUUAGAUGUUUUAAAAUUACAAUUACAUUUAGAAUUUUGUUAUAAAAAAAUAUUAUUGGAACAACCAGCAAAUAUUGAUAUUAUGUCUUUGGCACAAUCCAUUGAAAAUUUUUAUUUAGAUUAUUCAAAUCGCUUAGAUUCGUUUCAGAAUAAAACAGUCAGGAGUGCUAUGAUAAAAUGUGUGGAAACGGAGCGCUUAAAGACUAAAAGAUCAAAUGUUGCUGCUAAAGAGCUGCGUUUAUUUUACAGACUAGAAAAAGAGCUACUUCGUUCUCAUGGAAUAUAUACUGAUCCUGGUUAUAGGCCUAUUAAAACUAAAUUUAUGAAAAAUGACAAGAAGGACAAAGGCUUUAAAAAGAAUAUGAAUGAAAAUAAAAAACAAACGUUAACAGAAGCACAAAUGGAAUAUCUGUCUCUUUUUACCGAUUGGACUGAAAAUGAUGACCCAGCCCUGUACCUGUUGAGUUUGAAUACAGAGGAAAAUAUUAGCGAUAUU